GAGGAGACGGCGGCGCAUCUAUGUGGUCCGCCUGACACUUGAUCGAGGAGAGAGAUGCGUUCAUAACAGCCGCUGUGAAGACGAAGGGAAGGAAGGGAAGGGCACAAGGAUCACACGAAUCUAUCUUCAUUCUUUCGCCACCCUGCUUUUGGACUUUGCCGUUUUGCUUUUCCCCUCAUGCAGAAACCCGAGGAAGAGAGCCUAGAACUGAUUUCUCAUCAACUGCGUGAAAACAAGAAGACCACACAUUGUUGACUGGCUUUAUGUUGCGCGCUGGGGCUCUCUCCCGUCAUUGGAGCGGCGCACUUGAUGGGAAUAUAGACACAAACUGCUUUGUAUCCGAUGGUGAUGAAACCUGGUAGGAAUGGACUGGGCUGUGGAUUCUGGAAGCUAGUAAAGACAAUCAGUGAAGACAUUCAACUUUAAAGAAAGAGGAAUUUUUAUGGAUACCUAUAAAAGUUCUUAAUAUAAGUCUUUUGAGGUGUAUUAUUGGUCUGUGCUUUUUUCUUUUUUCCACCUCCCACCUUUUUUGGCCCAUCUGACUGCACCCUUGGCCCCAAACCCUGACACCAGCAUUGAGUGAUUGGUCAUUACAUUCAAGAGCAUCUACACAGGAAGACAAUAAAGCCCUAGGGAGCCCUGUGGCAGUGGUGACAGGGCCAAUGAGUCAGUUGCCACAGCAGCUGCAGCAAAUGAGUCACUAUUUGUGAAGUUAACAGCUCAGACCAGUUAAUCUACAAGGACCAAUUUCUGACUGGAGGGAAUCGGUCCAAUAUGAAGGACUUGUCAUUUGUGGAUCGUCUCUUUGUUGGCUUGGCCAUGGCCUCUUUUGUUGUAGCCACUGAGCUGAGGCCUGAUUGCCCAAAGCUUUGUGUGUGUGAGAUUAGACCCUGGUUUUCCCCUACUUCUAUGUACAUGGAGGCGCAGACUGUUGACUGCAACGACUUGGGACUCUUUAGCCUGCCAGAAAAAUUACCAGUGGGCACACAAGUACUGUUACUACAAACAAACAACGUUGAGAGGAUUGACAGGCCCUUGGAUUACAUGCCCAAUAUCACAGAGAUUGAUUUAUCGCAAAACAACUUAUCCUCAAUCAGCAACAUCCAUCUUGGGAAUCUUACUCAGCUGCUCUCCCUUCACUUGGAAGAGAACUGGAUACGGGAGCUAACUGAACAAUGCCUGUCAGAGGUGGCUAACCUUCAGGAGCUCUACAUGAAUCACAAUCUCAUCGCUUCUAUUUCUCCACUGGCUUUCCGGGGUCUAAGCAACCUUGUGCGACUCCAUCUCAAUUCUAACAAGCUGAGGGUCAUUAAAAGAGAGUGGUUUGAACCUUUGCCAAAUCUGGAGAUCCUAAUGAUUGGUGAAAAUCCAGUUCUUACUAUUGAUGACAUGAACUUCAAACCUCUCACUAACCUCCGCAGUCUUGUUCUUACCAGAAUGAACCUGUCUCAGCUUCCUGAUGAUGCACUGGCUGGUCUUGAUAACUUGGAGAGCGUCUCUUUCUAUGAUAAUAUUUUCCCCGAGGUGCCUCACUCUGCUCUGAGAAAUGUGAAAAAUCUUAAGUUUUUGGAUCUAAAUAAAAAUCCCAUUACGAGGAUACAAAGAGGGGACUUUGUGGAUAUGCUCCAUUUGAAAGAACUAGGGAUUAACAGUAUGCCAGAGCUAGUUUCCAUUGACAGCUUUGCCCUCAAUAACCUCCCUGAGCUGACCAAAAUCGAAGCCACCAACAAUCCUAAACUCUCCUAUAUCCAUCCUAAUGCUUUCUACAAGCUACCACGGCUGGAAACCCUUAUGCUAAAUGGCAAUGCUCUCAGUGCCCUCCACAGGAUUACUGUCGAAUCUCUUCCAAAUCUGAGGGAAGUUAGUAUGCACAGCAACCCCAUCCGCUGUGACUGCGUAGUCCGCUGGAUGAACAUGAACAAGACCAACAUUCGCUUCAUGGAGCCCGAUUCACUGUACUGCGUAGAGCCUCCGGAGUAUGAAGGCCAGCAUGUCCGCCAGGUGCACUUCAGGGAGAUGAUGGAGAUUUGCCUGCCACUAAUAUCUCCCGAAAGCAUGCCGGGGCACAUUAAAGCACAGAACGGUUGCUCAUUGUCACUUCAUUGUCGGGCUUUUGCUGAACCUGAGCCGGACAUCUACUGGAUCACCCCAUCUGGCACCAGGGUCUUGCCAAACACCGUGUCUGACAAGUUCUACAUGCACCCAGAGGGUACUUUUGACAUCUACGACAUAACAGAAAAUGAAGCAGGCGUUUACACCUGUGUUGCCCAUAAUUUGGUCGGUGCUGAUCUUAAAUCUGUCUCAGUAGAGGUAAAUGGUUAUUUUCCCCAACCUGUAAAUGGUUCUCUGAAUGUUGAAAUCAAAUCAGUGGAAACAAACUCCAUUCUGGUUUCUUGGAAGGCUGGCCCUGGCACCUUGGCUCCCAGCAUUAAGUGGUACACUGUUGCAGAUGCUAGCCAUCCCACCACAGUGUUUACCACCAGAGUUCCCUCAGAUGUCCAGGUUUACAACCUUACCCAUCUUAGUCCCGCUACUCACUACAAAGUCUGUGUGGAUAUCCGCAACAUCCACUACAACCAUGACACCAAAUGUGUCACUGUCACCACUAAGGGAUUAGAGCUGGCAGCCAAGGACACAGAAAAAUGGGAUGCAGCAGUAAUCACUGUCUUUGGUGUGCUCCUGGCUGUGAUUUCAGUGGCCUGCCUGUUUAUUUAUGUGUCUCUGAGGAACCACCACCUUUAUGGGGAUAUAAGGAAAUGGGACUCUAAAGCUUUGCUGAUACCAGUGGACACUCCCGGUAUGCACUCAUCUUUCUUUACAAAGCUGUGGUUUACGGGUAAGGGACUGCCAAGUGGAGUGGAAGUGAAAGCCACAGUCAUAAAUGUAUCUGACAAUGCCUUUUAAAAACCACAGCUUUGUAGAGCACCACACACCUACAGCGAAUGGACAAGGCCACAGGGCAGGGGUGGAUGAUGAUAUACUGUUUUCAACGGCAUACCCAUUGCCGGUCCCCAGCUCAGAUACACUGGCAGAACUAUUACUGGAAGGGGAUGGAACAGUUUAAGAGACUACGUUCUAUCCCAGUUUCAACCCUAGUUGAAGUGGUGGCUUUGUAACCGUUACAUCAAACCAAGCUAACAUCAACAGGAAGGGGUAUUUACUGCAAAAAAUUCGAUUACAGUACCAUUCAUACAAAAAUGAAGGCAGAGAAAAGGAAGUGGACGUGUUGAAGGUCAGCUCUCUUGUAAUUGACUGUUAAAUGUGUUCAGAGUUGUGGAACUGUCCGUGUGGUCCCAAGCAAUACCGUCUGUGCUUUGUCAAACAUCCAUAGACGAGUUAGAGAUACAGUAAUAACACCUGUCUAUUAUGGGAAGGGAGAUUUAUUAGAGUAGACAAAUUACAGUGACUAUGAUGUAAGCCUUUUGAUGAAAUAUACCCCCCUUUUUCUAUUUAAAAACGGAUUCUUGAUUUUUCAUGGAAAUAUUGUUAUAUAUUCUAUUAUGUUGAUGUAAUGACAAAUCCUCUGUAUGUGAACAGUUUAAAUGGGUUUUAAAUGAAGGCAAGGAGCAGACUACUUUUGAUUACAACUUCACAUUAAGCUUAAUGAAAUUCAGCGACAAAAUGGGUAUCUCGAGAGGAUAUUUGCCAAAUGGCUGUUUAUGCUUUGUAGUUCUCAUUGCAAUGGUGACUGGCAAAAACACUGGACUCAAACAAAUAUAACAAGUUACUUAAAACUAAAUUGAGUGAUGUUUUGUCUCCUCGAGAAGUGGUUUGUUAAUGCCCUGGUAAGUGCCUACAACAAGAACUACUGUACAUGAGGUGAACGGAGAAGAAACUGAAGAAAUUCAUCAGCCACAGCAAAACACAGUCAUGUCAUCAUUGCAGAGUCACAAGCUAUUCUCCAGUACUUUUAGUGGAAAUACUUUCUCAGUAUUUUUAGCAUACAUAUUUUAAGAAAACAUUUUGUUGUUGCUUUGGGUGUCAAGUUAAAAAGCCAUUUUUAUAUUACCUGUAUUAUAUGUGAUCAAUGGGCACAACAGACUAAUUAAGAAAAGCGCUAAGA